AUGUACGAAUCUCCUGUCAUUGAGAACUCGAAGGUAAGAACGAUUCAAGUGAACGGCUUGGGAACAUUGAAAGGCUUGACAAUCUGUGAUCAAGACUCACAGGAAAAAUGCCAUCGUUAUACUGGAAUUAGGUAUGCAGAGCCCCCAGUGGGGCAAUUGAGAUGGAGGAGGCCACAGCCCUUGCCUGAGAAUUUUGACUAUUCCGGUGAUUAUUCCUCCUUCAAAACGAUCUGUCCACAACCCUAUUACGAUAACAGAGGUGGGAAGCCAAAUCCUGGGUUUAAAUAUGACGAAGACUGCCUUUUCUUGAAUAUCUGGGUUCCCACCGGAGAGCCACCAUCCGGCGGAUGGCCGGUGCUGUAUUUUAUUCAUGGGGGCUGGUUGCAAGUCGGGAGCCCUAUCCAUUACCGCCAGUGCGACCCUCAGGAUUUGAUGGCGGAGGAGAGUCUUGAUAAGUUUAUUUUGGUCUCGGCCGGGUACAGACUGAAUAUGUUCGGAUUUUUGUCUUGCCAGGACCUCUUGGAUGAAGACAAAGAAAACUCCAACUUUGGCUUUUGGGAUCAACGUCUGGGACUCGAAUGGACUUACAAACACAUCGCCAAACUGGGGGGAAAUAAAGAUAACAUCACAGUUGGAGGCGUUAGUGCUGGUUCAUACUCUACCAUCUUUCAAGUGACUUACGAAUUGUACCACCCGGAAGCUACGCAGAUUAUCAAGAAAGCGUUGCUCUUGUCCAAUGGCCUGGCAAUUCAACCAAAAACCAUCCCAGAAUGUCGCGAUCAAUAUCAGGAGGUACUGGAGGUUUUUGGUAUCGACCCCAAUUUGUCGGGUCCUAAAAGACUGGAGGCAUUGCGCAACAUCCCGUUCCAGACCAUUGCCAGCAAAAUCCUAGACUUGAACCUCCACACAUUUAGAGGCGUUUCUGACAAUGACAUGGUGCCUCCCAGCAUGUUUGAAGAUAUUCUGGACGGUACCUUUGGACUCAAAGCUAAGGCUUCAGGUAUAUCUUUUGUUAUCGGGGAGGUGAUCAAUGAGCCUCUACUAUACGCCAAUACCAACCCACCAAGAAGCUCGGAAGACUUAUUCAACCAGAUCAACAACUACUACCCCAGACCGGUUACCGAGGCCCUGUUAGAGCUUUAUCCCGACCCUCCGAAAUCUGAAAACCAAGAGGAGCACCUUGCAAAUAUCAAGAGUCUCUAUGGUCGGAUAAUAAGUGACUUACAAGUCUACGCAUCAAGCCGUGUUCUUGUAAACAGUUUGAUCAAGGGUGGUGUCGCCGCCGACAAGAUAAACCGCUAUCGAAUUGCCUUUAGAGGAGCUUACUUCGAUAAAUAUGAGCCACCAGAGAAUCUUGUUCCCCAUGCCGGAGGUAUGGGUAUUUGGUUCUAUAACGUGGUCGACGGAAUUUUACCACACGAGAAGCCGCUUUAUCUUUCCUGGUUGAAGCCAUACUGCAACUGGCUCAGUAAUGGAACCAUGGAAUGGGGCCCCACGGACCCUUUGCAUAUGCGGGUAUUCAACUCUGAUGGAUCAAUCACGGCCGAGGUUGACUCCGAUUGGGAAUGGGGGAUGACUGUCGGAAAUGCAGUUGCGAGCGCUUUGGGUCAUAAAGCUGCUCUUUCGCUAGCUUGA